UCUAGACCCCAUAUCAUGGCGAUAUCGCUAGAGUCCCAGAACGCGUUCUCUGUGCUCGUAGUCGUAGUUGACCAAAGAAGGAUCGGCGCAAGUAAGCAUUCCUUCCCACUUGCACGGAGGGAAAAUAUCUGGUUCGCGCCAAGGCCCAAUAAGCUUUUCGUUGUAGCAGCAGGAACGGGAGAGUGUAGAGAGGGGGAUUUCUGGUCCGACCGGGACAGAAAGUCAGAAACCCGGUCCUAUAAACUUCUCGAUCAAAUUGGUUCCGACCGGUUUCCACCGGGAAUGGACUUGGAUGAGAAUGUCGCAGAAAUAGAAGAAGACAAGGGCCAUGCUUGGACGUUAUGUGUACAUGCUUUCAAUGAUUUAACCCAUGUCUCUCCGGUGGUAUUCGUAUACCUGCUGAAAGAAUCUUAUUUCUAUGGCACAGUUAAGGCGACAACAAAGUUCCAAGCCCUUCAACAUCAAGUCUAUCUUGUGUUGCAUAAUGACCCACAACCUGGACCAGCUGCUUUUGUUGUACAGUGCUUAUACGUGUCACCUUUAUAUAAUGAUUGUAGCAGCGGCUUUAGUCAUUUGAUUAUAUCUGCCCUAGGUCGUUUCCUGAAAAAAGCAACCACUUCAGAAAACUCCUUGGAAGCAAAAGACUUGGCUACCCAUCUAUUCAUUGACAUUGUUGUGGGGCAGGUCUUUCAUGAUGAAAGGAUUAUUGUUAAAAUAUUAGAAACUUUUGAUAUUAAACUAAAAGAUGUUGAGAAAAUCAUGGUCCAAAUGAAAGCAAAGGAUGGUUCAAGUCAUGUAACUGCACAAGAUUUAAUGGAGAAGUAUAUUUUUGAAUUGGUAGAAUCCCAACUGUAUAUGACAGCUGUCACUCUGAUGGAGCGCUUCUCUAUCUUUUGUUUUGGCAAGUCUUUUCUCCUUACCCUGGUACAGAGCCAUCAGUUUAAGGCAGCAGAGAAAUGGGCAACAUUUGUGGGGAAGCCAAUGUUAUGCACUCUUGUUGAGGAGUACUGUGAGAGGAACUUGCUAAAGAAUGCCUAUGAGAUUAUAAAGAUGAACAAUCUACAGCAAGAUUUCCCAGACGCCUAUCGAAAGUGUAAAGAAAGUUCAAUAAAGAAGCUAGCAGAAAAAGGAUGCUGGGAUGUGGCUGAGGCGAGAAUAAAUGGUGAUAGACAGCUUAUUGAGUAUUUGGUUUAUUUGGCAAUGGAAGCUGGAUACACAGAGAAGAUUGAUGAACUGUGUGAUCGGUACUCCCUUGAUGGGAUUCUGCAGAAAGUACCUGAUGAAAGUAUUCAACACAGGCGUUAUUUGCAUCUUGAUGAACUGUUUGUCGAAGACAUUAUUUGGGUUGACGAAUAUAAAGGUUUGCUUGAUGCAACUACCCAUAUUGAGGGUUGUAAAGUUAUAGGUGUCGAUAGUGAAUGGAAACCUAAUCAUGUAAAAGGCAGCAAACCAAAUAAGGCUUCUAUCUUUCAAAUUGCUUCCAAAAGUGUGGUUUUCAUCUUUGAUCUGAUAAAGUUGCACCAAGAGGUACCUGACAUUUUAGACGACUGUCUGACCCGCAUUUUGCAGUCACCAAUAAUAUUAAAACUUGGGUACAAUUUACAAUGUGAUAUAAAGCAGCUUGCUCAUUCAUAUGAAGAGUUAAAGUGCUUCAGGCACUUUGAAUCGUUGCUGGACAUUCAAAAGGUUUUUAAAAACCAUCGUGGUGGUUUGUCUGGGCUUGCAGAGAAAGUACUGGGAGCCGGUCUAAACAAGACAAGACGGAACAGUGAUUGGGAGCAGCGACCUCUAAGCCAAUAUCAACUAGAAUAUGCUGCCCUUGAUGCUGCUGUGCUUAUUCGCAUAUUCAGCCGCAUUUCUGGUGAAGCAGAUGACAAGUUUGAGUGGAAGUCGUAUAUUGAGUCCCAUACCAGAAGCACCAGGAACUCCAAGUACCAGAAGGUAAACUGAAGAAGUUUUGAUUCUUAGCUUCGAGGCUAACCAUAUUGUUUCUUUCCCCACUCAAUAGAUUCGAUCAUGUGAUGAGCACAGAUUCACAUCGAAAUAUAAUUUUUAGAAGUUAUAAAGGAGCUUCGAGAUAUAGAUCUGUUUUUCCAAAAAGACUGGCAGUGGUGAAUAUAUUUGUUAAAUUUUCUAGGUUCGUGUUUUAAAACCAA